CUGGCUGGGCGGGAAAGCUCGAACAGCGCUGCCGGGCUGGAGACGGCGGGAGCCGCUGCUCUCCGGCUGAGGGAACCAGAGACAGCUCCGUCCCUAACGGAGCACCGGGGAGGCAGGAGUCAUGACGGGCGAGGUGGGUUCUGAGGUUCACCUGGAAAUCAAUGAUCCAAAAGUCAUUUCACAAGAGGAAGCAGAUAGUCCUUCAGAUAGUGGACAGGGCAGCUGUGAAACAAUUGGACCCUUGAGUGAAGGAGAUUCAGAUGAAGAGAUAUUUGUAAGUAAGAAGUUGAAAAACAGGAAGGUUCUACAAGACAGUGAUUCCGAAACAGAGGACACAAAUGCCUCUCCAGAGAAAACUACCUAUGACAGUGCCGAGGAGGAAAAUAAAGAGAAUUUUUAUGCUGGGAAAAAUACAAAAGUCAAAAGGAUUUACAAAACUCUGGCAGACAGUGAUGAAAGUUACAUGGAGAAGUCUUUGUAUCAGGAAAAUCUCGAAGCACAAGUGAAACCUUGCUUAGAGCUGAGUCUUCAGUCUGGAAACUCUACGGACUUUACCAUUGACAGAAAGAGUUCCAAAAAGCACACAAAUGAUAAAGAAGGAACUGCAGGAAAAGCAAAAGUAAAAUCGAAAAGAAGACUUGAGAAAGAGGAGAGAAAAAUGGAAAAAAUUAGACAGCUGAAAAAGAAGGAAACAAAAAACCAGGAAGAUGAUGUAGAACAGCCAUUUAAUGACAGUGGCUGUCUUAUUAUGGAUAAAGACCUUUUUGAAACUGGGUUGGAGGAUGAAAAUAACUCUCCAUUGGAAGAUGAAGAGUCAAUAGAAUCAAUAAGAGCAGCUGUAAAAAACAAAGUAAAAAAGCACAAGAAAACAGAACCAUCUUUGGAGAGUGAGGUCUAUUCAUUUGAGGAAGAAAGUGAGUUAUCAAAAGGAACCACGAGGAAGGAAAGAAAGGCAGCCAAAUUAAGUAAAGAAGCAUUAAAACAACUGCAUAGUGAGACUCAGCGCCUUAUUCGAGAGUCUGCACUUAACCUUCCAUAUCAUAUGCCUGAGAAUAAAACCAUUCACGAUUUCUUCAAACGUAAACCCCGGCCCACUUGCCAGGGAAAUGCCAUGGCACUAUUGAAGUCAUCUAAAUAUCAGUCAAGCCAUCACAAAGAAAUCACAGACACUGCAAAUACCACUGAAAUGAACAGUUAUCACCACAGUAAAGGUUCUGAGCAGACAACGGGUGCAGAAAAUGAAGUGGAAAUUAAUGCACUCCCUGUGGUUUCAAAGGAAACCCAGAUCAUUACUGGAUCAGAUGAGUCUUCCGGGAAGGAUUUGGUAAAAAAUGAAGAGCUAGAAAUUCAGGAGAAACAGAAGCAGAGUGACAUUAGACCUUCACCUGGGGACAGCUCGGUGGUGCAACAGGAAUCCAACUUCCUUGGGAACAAUCACAGUGAGGAAUGUCAGGUUGGAGGGCUUGUAGCAUUUGAACCUCAUGCCCUGGAGGGUGAAGACCCCCAAAAUCCAGAAGAAACAGAUGAGAAAGUGGAAGAGCCUGGGCAGCAAAAUAAAUCAUCAGCAGUUGUGCCACCUGAAAAAGUGAGAAGGUUUACUCUGGAUAGACUUAAGCAACUGGGAGUAGAUGUUUCCAUUAAACCACGGCUAGGUGCUGAUGAAGAUUCCUUUGUGAUACUUGAUGAACCUGAAACCAACAGAGAACUGGAAGCCUUGAAGCAGCGUUUCUGGAAGCAUGCUAAUCCAGCAGCCAAACCCAGGGCUGGUCACACAGUGAAUGUGAACGUCAUAGUGAAAGACGUGGGCACUGAUGGAAAGGAAGAGCUAAAAGCAGAUGUGGUACCUGUGACUUUAGCACCUAAGAAGUUGGAUGGAGCAAGCCACACAAAACCAGGUGAAAAGCUUCAGGUGCUAAAAGCUAAACUGCAAGAGGCAAUGAAACUCCGAAGGUUUGAGGAGCGCCAGAAGCGCCAAGCACUGUUUAAAUUAGAUAAUGAAGAUGGAUUUGAGGAAGAGGAGGAGGAAGAGGAAGAAAUGACAGAUGAGUCUGAGGAAGAUGGAGAAGAGGAGGUAGUGAAAGAAGAGGAAGAAGAGGAAGAACUGGAGGAAGAGGAGGAGAAAGAAGAGGAAGAGGAAGAAGAUGGAAAUCAGGAGACUGCAGAAUUCCUUCUUAGUAGUGAAGAAAUAGAAACCAAAGAUGAAAAAGAAAUGGAUAAAGAAAAUAAUGAUGGCAGUAGUGAAAUUGGCAAGGCAGUUGGCUUCCUCUCUGUUCCCAAGUCUCUCUCAUCAGAUUCUACUUUACUUCUAUUUAAGGACAGCUCUUCCAAGAUGGGUUACUUUCCUAUUGAAGAAAAAUCAGAAACAGAUGAAAACUCAGGCAAACAGCCUAGCAAACUGGAUGAGGAUGAUUCAUGUUCAUUGCUAACGAAGGAGAGCAGCCACAAUAGCAGCUUUGAGCUGAUUGGCUCCACGAUUCCAUCCUAUCAGCCUUGCAACAGACAAACAGGCCGUGGGACCAGUUUUUUCCCUACAGCAGGAGGAUUCAGAUCUCCUUCCCCUGGGCUAUUUCGAGGCAGUUUGGUCAGCUCAGCUUCUAAGAGUUCAGGGAAACUGUCUGAGCCUUCACUUCCCAUAGAGGAUUCCCAGGAUCUGUAUAACGCCUCCCCAGAGCCUAAGACACUUUUCCUAGGAGCAGGAGACUUCCAGUUCUGUUUAGAAGAUGACACUCAGAGCCAACUGUUGGAUGCAGAUGGGUUCUUAAAUGUUAGAAACCACAGGGAUCAGUACCAAGCUUUGAAGACUCGAUUGCCAUUGGCCAGUAUGGAUGAGAAUGCCAUGGAUGCCAACAUGGAUGAGCUGUUGGAUUUGUGUACUGGAAAGUUUACAUCUCAGACUGAAAAACAUCUACCCAGGAAGAGUGACAAGAAAGAGAACAUGGAGGAACUUCUGAACCUUUGUUCAGGAAAAUUCACUUCUCAGGAUGCCUCCACUCCGGCCUCAUCAGAGUUAAAUAAGCAGGAGAAGGAGAGCAGCAUGGGUGAUCCAAUGGAAGAAGCACUUGCUCUUUGCUCAGGCUCUUUUCCAACAGACAAGGAAGAGGAAGAUGAGGAGGAGGAAUUUGGAGACUUCCGGCUCAUCUCAAAUGAUAAUGAGUUUGAUACUGAUGAGGAUGAACACAGUGACUCUGGUAAUGAAGACCUGGCACUGGAAGACCAUGAAGAUGAUGAUGAAGAAGAACUCCUGAAUCGAUCUGAGAAGUUGAAAAGGCAAAUGAGGUUGAGGAAAUACCUGGAGGAUGAGGCAGAGGUGUCAGGAAGUGAUGUGGGAAGUGAAGAUGAGUAUGAUGGGGAAGAAAUUGAUGAAUAUGAAGAGGAUGUAAUUGAUGAAGUACUUCCUUCUGAUGAGGAACUACAGAGUCAAAUCAAGAAAAUACACAUGAAAACUAUGUUGGAUGAUGAUAAGCGACAGCUACGUUUAUACCAAGAGAGAUACCUUGCUGAUGGGGAUCUGCACAGUGAUGGUCCUGGGCGAAUGAGAAAGUUUCGAUGGAAAAACAUAGAUGAUGCCUCCCAGAUGGACUUGUUCCACAGAGACUCUGAUGAUGAUCAGACUGAAGAACAGCUUGAUGAGUCAGAAGCCAGGUGGAGGAAGGAGCGAAUUGAACGAGAGCAGUGGCUUCGGGACAUGGCACAGCAGGGGAAAAUUACAGCUGAAGAAGAAGAAGAAAUUGGGGAGGACAGUCAGUUUAUGAUACUGGCCAAGAAAGUUACAGCCAAAGCACUGCAGAAGAAUGCCAGUCGCCCUAUGGUUAUUCAGGAAUCAAAGUCUUUGCUCAGAAAUCCUUUUGAAGCCAUCAGACCAGGAAGUGCUCAACAGGUGAAGACAGGCUCACUGCUAAACCAGCCCAAAGCUGUGCUUCAGAAACUGGCUGCUCUCUCUGACCGUAACCCCAGUGCUCCUCGAAAUUCAAGAAACUUUGUCUUUCAUACACUUUCUCCUGUCAAGGCUGAGGCGGCAAAGGAAUCGUCUAAGUCUCAGGUAAAGAGAAGGGGUCCAUCUUUCAUGGCUUCUCCUUCACCUAAGCGCCUCAAAACAGAAGAUAGCACUUCAGGAUUGAAGCGAAGCAUCUUCAAAUACUUGGAGAGCUAACACCAUCAAAGUUGCCAAAAUCUACAUUGAGACUGCUUUGAGAAGUUCCUAGCACUGAAAGUUGGAAUUGACACUCAAGCCAACGAUCCUUCCUUCCUUCAUAAUCAAUGCAAUAAGAUUGCAGACAGAAAUUCCUGUUCUUUCUACUGCACAGCUCUGGACAUCUCUUUUCCUAGUAUUAUUCCCUGGAUUAGCCACUGAUCUCAGUUCUGCAGUAUUUACAACAUCAACAACUCAUGGAAUACUUGGGUGAGGUUUGUUUUUUUUUUUAAGAUGGAGUCUCACUCUGUUGCCCAGGCUGGAGUGCAGUGGCAUGAUCUCAGCUCACCGCAACCUCCGCCUCCCAGGUUCAAGCGAUUCUCCUGCCUCAGCCUCCCAAGUAGCUGGCAUUACAGGCAUGUGCC